AUGUCUGAACAGGUUGAAAAAGCCUUCCAAAAGCAGCAAGGCAUCUUUCUCAAUGCCAAAACUGUUGGUAAAAAGGCAAAAACAAUACGUUGGUAUAAAGAUGUCGGUCUUGGCAUAAAGACUCCAAAAGAAGCCAUCGAGGGUACAUACAUUGAUAAAAAAUGCCCAUGGACAGGACAAGUAUCGAUCCGAGGUCGUAUUCUGUCGGGUGUCGUUGUUUCUAACAAGAUGAAGAGGACAAUCAUUGUCCGUAGAGAGUAUCUACAUUACGUACCCAAAUAUAACCGUUACGAGAAGCGCCACAAGAAUCUGGCCGCACAUCUAUCACCUGCCUUUCUCGAUGUUCAGGUUGGCGACCAUGUCACUGUUGGUCAAUGUCGGUAA